AUUAUCCUGGAUGCCGAGGAUGGGAUGUUUUGUUGAAUGAGGGGGACCCAUUAGAUGCCGACAGGAGGAUGAACUCCAUCACCGGUCGGGUUCUUGCCAUCCCCGCCGCCUCUGUCACCAACUCUGGAGCUUCAUCCUCUCGAGCCUUACAUGUAGAGCUCACAUCCCAGCAGAGACGAUUGCGUCAUCUCCGGAGCAUAGCAGCCAGAAACAUUGUCAACAAGAAUGGUUCUCCACUGCUGGACACAUACUUCACCCUCCACCUCUGUAUAGGAGACCGCAUAUCAAGAGGUUUUUACAAGAGUGAAGUCAUACGAGACUCACUGAAUCCGACUUGGCGGAGCCUGGACUUUGGCAUGCUGCCAGACCUUCUGGAUACCUCAGUGUCUUGCUUCGUGGUGAGGAUCUGGGGAGGACAGGAGGAACAGUAUCAGCUCCUCAUAGAAUGGAAGGUCAAUCUGGAUGGCCUCAGAUACACGGGGCAGCAGAUUCGAUCCAGGAAUCCAAAUGAGAUCAUAUUUGGAUUGAAUGAUGGCUACUAUGCAGCUGACUUUGAUCAUAAGGAUCAGUCAGAGCGGAAGAAAAACAGUCUGCUUCAGGUCGACCAGAGUUCAGUCAGGAACUCCUACAGUGUUUUCUCCUCCUGCAGGCUUCACACAGCCCAGAGAGCCAUCAAGCAGACCCAAGUGACGGUGCAGAAGAUUGGGAAGGAGAUUGAGGAAAAGCUACGGACGACGGCGACCUGCACUGAACGGAAGAAAGAACGAGAGUGCAUGCAGCUGCGUAUAGCCGUGCUGCGCAGUGAGCUGCAGCGGCAGAGGAAGGCGCUUGGCAGGGAGAUUGACCUGCGGCAGAAGGAGAGGGCACAGCUUCAGAAGAAAGAGGAAGCAUUCUCCGCUCAGCACGAUAGUCUGAAGGAGGAGAAAGAAUCCUUAACCAAGCUGCAGAAGGAAUGCACUGCCAAGAGAGAGCAGUUUCUAAAGUCCAACGCCCAGCUCACCUUCCGCUGUCGUCAGCUCCUCUCUGAGCUUUCCUACAUCUAUCCCAUUGAUGUGGCUAAUCAGUCAGAUUAUGUCAUCUGCGGAGUGAAGCUGCCAAACUCUGAAGACUUUCAAGCAAAGGAUGAUGGGAGCGUGGCAGUCGCCCUGGGUUACACAGCACACCUGGUCCUGAUGAUCUCGUGCUUCCUGCAGAUCCCUCUUAGGUAUCCGGUGAUCCACAAGGGUUCACGCUCCUCCAUCAAGGACACCAUCACUGACAGACUCACCGAGAAGGAGAGAGAAUUUCCCUUGUACCCUAGAGGAGAGCGGUUUCAUUUUGAAUAUGGGGUCUACUUGCUCAACAAGAACAUUGCUCAGCUGAGAUAUCAACAUGGCUUGACCACCCCAGAUCUGCAACAGACAUUACCCAACCUGAAGAACUUCCUGGAACAUGGCCUGCUGGUCCGAUGUGACCGACACCAUGUUUCUAGCUCCAUCCCAGUGCCCUCCAAGUCCCAGCUCGGUGUGUCUGCUGCCUCGGAGAUAGGCUACCCCUGCCACACCAGCUCCCCAGACCGAGGCCUGAGGAAAAGGGCGAGCUCAGAGGCAGAUAAAUACAAGCCUACUCCUCCACCCAGCUACAAUACAGCCAUGGGCGAAGAGCAGCCCCCGGUUGGCCUGGCACCACCCUCGCCUUCACCCAAACACCUAUCCUCCUCCCUUGAUGCCGGCAUGGCCUCACUUAAUCUGACCAAGACUAUGGAGGCCAACGAGGAGGGAGAGCAGAGGGAGGAGAAGCAGCAGGGUGGGAAGACAGCAGUGGAGGUGGAGACAUGCAGACGUGCUGACAGAGAGAUUGAAGUAGAUAAAGAAGAAGAGACUGAAGAACAACCGCCCAGCAGCACAGGGGCGCCUAACUCUGGUGAGGAAACAGUGGCCACUGUUCAGCACACGAGCACAAUGAACGGCUCUUUGGUACCAGGACAGGCGCCCCUCAGCCUGGUCCCAGAGCUGCGCUGCUCUGUGGAGCAGGCUGAGGAAAUCAUGGGCACAGAGGCCACUGGCUUAGGCCUGGGGUUGGGGGUGGGAAUGGGGUUAGGGCUAGCGGAUGAGGCCCGGUUGGAAGACUACCGCUGCAUCCCUGUGGACCACGCAGUAGCCGUGGAGUGUGACGAACAGGUUCUGGGUGAGCUGGACGAGGCUGGCUUUGAGGAGUUCUCCAGGCGCAUCUAUGCACUAAAUGAGAACAUGUCCAGCUUCCGCAGACCGCGCAAGAACUCUGAUAAGUGAGGCAGAGGACCUAAGGAGAGAGAGAGGCAUGAAAAAAACUUGCACAGGGGCUUUGGACGAAUACAAGGCAGGGAGAAAGGUGUGGUCCUCACUCCCUAAACGCAGCAUCAAAAAUCAUAUGAGCUAUUCUGGAAUAACGACCAAUUUGCACUUAUUGUAAACAUUUCCAUAGUAAUCUUUUAAAAGGAAUACAGUUAAAAGUGGAAGUACUGGAACAGUGAGCUUAGCUUUUAUUUUUAUUAAUAUAUUUUUUAACAAUGGAUACAAAACAAUAACUGUCUUUUUUAUCCACAAAAUGAUUUGGCCUUGUGUUAAAAAAUCACCCUCUAGGAUGUAGUGUCAAUGUCAUCAGCUGAUGUUCCAUACCAGGGACCAUUGAUGUAAAAUAAUGCACAAACAAUGUGCUCACUCACACUUUGUUUUCAAACCCUUUCUGCAAUAAAAACACUGAGCUUCUUGUGCAAAACAUCAUCACCUCUAAACACAUGAAUCAGUACACCAGGGUAUAAACAUGUUAUAAGAGAAGUUUUAUCAACUACAGACUCAUCAACACAGCCAAUAGAUGCACACACUGAUGGGAGUUUUAUCAUGGUGGACCAUCCUCUAUCACAGAGCCUGCUGUCCCAGUACUUACACCUCUGACUGUUCAAGCAAACAUUGAGAUGCUUCCCGAGCCUUCAUUCAGGGUACAUGGCAGUGGGUGUGUGCUGGAGUGAGGACACGGGCAUGUGUACGCGUGUGUGUGUCAGGGCUUCACAUUAGCAUGCAACCACAGUCACAGUUAGAUUUUAAGUAAUCUCACCAAUGACCUUUGAGCAUGGCAGGAUUUUUUUGCUAUUGCGAUUUUUUAUUUUUAUUUUUUUUUUUUUGCUAAUCCCAAAGUGAGGUGGGAGCUGGAAGCUGUAGCCCAAUCAGAGACUCCCUAACUGUGACACACUACAUCUCCUCCUCAGUUCAACCCACCGGUCGUUCUCCUCAGGAGGGGUCGAGUUUCUCCUUCAGGGUUUUAAGAUGAGGAUCACAAGAGUGGCAGGUUGGAGCUCACAGCACAUGGCAGGGAUACAGUGCAAUUGUUUUUCUGUCCAUCUCCAUGUCCUCUUUUUUUUUUUUCUCUUUUUUUCAAUUUUAAUGUACCCCAUCAAUAUUAACUUCAAUGUUAAUGUUAAGUCCACUGAUUCUCAUAUUCAGUAGACCAAAAAUUAAAUUCUGUGUCUGUGUUCUGUUGGAAUUUCUCACUCAGGCUCUAUUGUAAUUGUUAGUAGCAAGUGUCUCAAUCCCAUUGUCUGUGAUUUUGACCCUUGUCUCCCUGUUCUGAAUGCUUUCUUGCACUGGUAUUCAAUUAUUGCAUUAUUUAUGUCUCUCCACAGUUGUGUGUGCUUUGUGUCAAAGGAAAUCAAUAUUUAGUUUUAUUUUCCCCAGUCAAAUGGGGUGUCAUGCAUAAUACUGUCAAAUAUUAGACUGAUCAUAACUGGUUUGUGAGUCCUGAUGUGGACAGCUGCUUUGCAUCGCCUGCCAUGACAAAGAUGGACUCUCCACCGGCAGCCCACUUUGUGUUUCAGAUCCAGUACUGUGGUUGCUGAAUGUUGAGAAGUAUUGUAUUUAAAAUUAAAAGAUGAACCAUGUUAGAUCAUUUCCAUAAACUGCUAUACACUUCGGUAAGUGACCAUGUACAUAUACUUUUGUAUGGAGGAUUUUUUUCUUUUUUUUUUUGGGUUAUUAAAGACUUGCAGUCCCAUGGCAUGGAUGUAUGUAGCCCCCUUUAAAAGACUGGUCUGCCUGCAUCUCUAUUGGCGCGGGUGUGCUCAAGCUUGAAUGUACAGUGGUUUUAGAAGUGAAAUUAUAAUGUAUGAAACAUG